AUGGUGUUUGGUGCUUUUCCUUCUUUACACUCUGCAUGCGCAAUUAUCCAAACUCUUUUUAUUUCUUACACUUUACCAAAAUCUCGUGGUGUUUAUGCUAUUGUGACUUUCUGGUUUGCUUGGGAUUGGUUGCCACCUGUUAAUAUUACUAAUAACUCUGAUGACUCUGAUGAUAAUGUUGAUAGUACUUUAUUAAUACAAAACAAUAAUAGUAAUGUUUCGAUACCUUGUAUUGAACCUAAUGUUAAAGUUUUUAAUUCCGAUUGUAAUGAAUUUAAAGUUGAGAUUGCUAAUCUUAGUCUGUAA